UGGACGACUACUGUUUCAGACUGAUAGCAGCACCGCAGACCCUCAUCAUCAGACAGACACAGGGAGAGGACCCUGAUCCAAUCUUGGCAAAAAUGAGCUUGGCUCGGAUCCAUGAUAAACACAAGCUAAAGAAAUACUGGGAGGAGAAAAUCGAACGUCACAGCGAUAUAAUGGGGAGUGAGGAAUCCAGAAUGAAGAGCAGUGCUUUAUCAAAGCUGCGGGACGAGUGGCUCAGGAGGCUGAAGCUUCGGAACCAGCAGCUGGAGCGUUUCGAAGAGAAACACAUCAGGAGGGCCAAGAUGUCCCAACAGGCCUUCAAGAUACCCAGUCAAUGACUACUCGAAUCUACAUUCUAGAAUCUACAUCGUUCUAAGCCAUCUGACUGAGAUCAUGACAUGUAGAUUAGCCUGGCUGCCAUCUCUUGUUCAGAUACUACAUUCCACUCAUUGCAACUCCUGUCAUUUGCCAAAGACAAUCUUUGGCAAAUGACGGGAGUGACAAGGAGUGGAUUAUUAGCUAAAAAAAAAAGGCUGGUACUCAGACUAAUGAGGUAGGGUUAACGAGGACUAGCUUCUCCAUUUCAGAUGAUGACAUUACGACUAUAUAUUGAGGGGAAAUACUGUAACUGAAGUGAAGUUUACUUCUUGCGAGGGAGACGGUAUGGCAGAAAGUCAAAUGGUUGGGAUGUGGCCGAAUGAUUAGUUGCAGAGCCAUGCUGUACAGACUAUGAUUAGUUGCAGAGCCAUGCUGUACAGACUGUGAUUAGUUGCAGAGCCAUGCUGUACAGACUAUGAUUAGUUGCAGAGCCAUGCUGUACAGACUAUGAUUAGUUGCAGAGCCAUGCUGUACAGACUAUGAUUAGUUGCAGAGCCAUGCUGUACAGACUAUGAUUAGUUGCAGAGCCAUGCUGUACAGACUAUGAUUAGUUGCAGAGCCAUGCUGUACAGACUAUGAUUAGUUGCAGAGCCAUGCUGUACAGACUGUGAUUAGUUGCAGAGCCAUGCUGUACAGACUGUGAUUAGUUGCAGAGCCAUGCUGUACAGACUAUGAUUAGUUGCAGAGCCAUGCUGUAUAGACUGUGAUUAGUUGCAGAGCCAUGCUGUACAGACUGUGAUUAGUUGCAGAGCCAUGCUGUACAGACUGUGUCAUUAACACUAAUUUCGUAGUUUUGAGGCGACCAUCUGUUGUGCAGUUAAAUAAGUGCAGGGGAGUAUGUGAAGACUUGACUGUACAUCAGAGUGACAGUCGUGGUGACAGGUGGGGUAAUUAUUUGAUUUUUGUGUCGGAGGAAUGUACAACGUGAUCGGGAGGAAACAUGAUGGAGAUUGACAGAAUAUGGUAUGUUUUUUUUUCAAGAAAGAAAAGUAUGGAAAGUACAGAGAAAAAAUAGAAAUGUGUUAAUGUCCCAAUUUCCGAGCUUAAAUAUAGAUAGAAUUUGAUAAUGUUUAACAUAAUUUAUCUGCAACAUUAAAAGAGAGGGGAAAGCAUCUCUUCUGAGGCAUGUGAAAUGUAAAGA